AAAGAUAAACGUUCAGUCAGUGCUCGUAUACAAGUGUCCUCAUCUACAAAUGUUUCCGCUUGUUCAUUAUGGACGAUGAUUACUGGCUCAAUCUUGACACAUCGAAGUAUAAUUUUCCCAAUACAUUAUGGCACAUAAAACCACCAAAAGAGAUCGCCAUCAAAGUAUCAGCUAUGUUAAUUAUUGGAGUUACUGGAAUAAUCCUCAACUCAAUCAUCCUGCUCAUACUAUUUAAAAAUAGAUGGCUAUGGUGUCCCAGUAACUAUCUCAUCGGUAACCUCGCAUUGGUCGAUCUGAUUACACUUUUAUUAUGUCCAUGGUUCAUGCUUGUGAGGGACUUUUAUCAGCAAUAUGUUUUGAAGCAUUUUGGAUGUUAUUUCGAAGGUUUCCUUCAAGCUUCACUCCUUUUAACUGGAGUAGGAGCAAUAAUGUUAGUAUCAUACGAUAGAUUAGCGGCUGCUGCCUUAACUCCAGAUGCUCGAGUCACUAAAUCAGCUGCAUUAAAACUGAUAGCAACUUCAUGGAUAGCCGCAAUGUUAAUGUCGUUACCAUGGAUCCUCAAGAGAGAUUAUGUGGAACGUCAAUGGAAGAAUUAUCUUGAAACAUUUUGCGCAGAGGACGAUAAAGUACUACCAAUAUACUGGCACUUCACUCUUUUAGUACUGGUUUGGAUACCAUUAGGUUUGAUGGUCCUAACUUAUGGUGCAAUCAUGUGGCGUUUAGAAUGGAGUGCCAGGAAAUUAUCAUUGAAAGGCACUGGGCUGGCCGUAGCGAAGGCUAAAACAAGUGCUAUGAGGAUUGCAGCAUGCGUCCUCCUGACCAGCGUCAUUUGCAGAAUACCUUACACUAUCCUCAUGUAUUGGAGGAAUCGUUUGAGCAAUGAAGUUAACUCUGUGGAAGGUAGUUAUGAUGCUAUGUGGUUUGCCGCUAACUAUCUUAUUUAUAUGAACUGUGCUGUGAACCCAUUGAUUUACGGGUUUACUAACAGACGAUUCAGAAAAGCAAUGGACAGAACUCCCGGUGUCGCUUGGUGCAAGUUUGGCUCUUGGUGCUGUGUUUGUCCUGUGUAUACCAGAAAACGUAUACUUGAAGUGGACAAAAAUACUGAAAAAGUGUUUGUAAUAGAAGACACGCCACGACCAAACAGGAAACUCGCACACGUGAUCAAGAACAUACUUCACAUAAAUAAGGAAACUUUAGAUUUUAGCGUUAAAAUAGACGAAGUCACAACAAAACCAACUAAAGUUACUCCUUUGAAACUUGACCAGCUAUAAAAUGAAUGUUAUUCACAAGUAUAUUAAUAAGCCAUAGUCGCCAACUACGAGAAAAUAGUAAAACUUUAUUAAAUUAUUGUUGAUUAUUAUUAAACAUCAAACAAUACAAUCAACGACAAAUAAAUACUUAUUCAACUUA